AUGGCAACUCGUCGAGGCGUCGGUCUCGGCGCAUUCGCCAACCGCUCUCAAACAACCCAAUCCUACGCAACCCACGGCGCAAACCUCCGCUCAACACACCUCUCCUCCCUCCAGACUCAACUAUCGGUCUUCCAAACUUUACUACACACUUUCGCGCUCGAACAUGCUUCCAAGAUCAAAUCAAACCCAACAUUCCGCGCCGAGUUUGCGCGUAUGUGUAAUGCGAUUGGUGUGGAUCCGCUCGCCGCUAGUAAUGUCAAGGGCAAAGGGAGUGGGCGGAAAGGUUUGAUGGAGGGUGGGAGUUUUUGGACGCAGAUAUUAGGUGGGGAUAUGAAUGACUUUUACUUCGAGGUUGCGACGAGGGUUGUUGAGUUGUGUCGAGAGACCAGGGGCGAGAAUGGGGGUUUGUUAGGCGUUGAAGAAUGUCGCAAGAGGGUUGAGAGGGGCAAAGCCAUCGGUGGAGGGUUGGAGGUCUCCAAUGACGAUAUCCUCCGAGCCGUCAAAUCACUUGAACCCCUCGGCUCCGGCUUCAGAAUCAUCGACGUCGGCAGCAAGCAGUACAUCCGAUCCAUACCCAAAGAACUGAACUCAGAUCAAGCCACCGUUCUGGAAUAUAUCCAACUCCUUGGCUGGGUCUCAGUCUCUAUGCUGCGGGCAAACCUGAACUGGGAAAUGGCGCGCGCAACGACGGUCUUAGACGAUUUGUUGGCGGACGGACUGGUCUGGCUCGAUAGUCAAUGCCCGGAGAAUCAAUAUUGGUCUCCUCAGAGUCUGUUGGAUGAGGAUGUGUGA